GCAUACUCAGUGCAAUCUGUAGCCGAUCGACCGGAAUUAUCUGCAUUGAGAUCGUGUGGUAGAUAAUGUGCUUUAUUGGGAAUAUAAAAGCAUCUCGUAGAGCAACCAAGAUAUGAUCGGAACUCUUGUUUACAUUAAUCAGGCAUACACAUUGCGAAUCGAUACUAACCUAGCCUCAGGAACUUUACUAGAAAUUAAAAGUACUAAUAGUCACUAUGUCACUCACAGAAGAGUUAAAAGGGGACUACAAAGAACAUGCCCGUGCCUACAAUGAAGAGUACCCCAUGCUCCCCCACGGUAUCAUGGAGACGCAACUCCUAGCAUCCGCACUAGGCGACUGCACAGGCUACACCGUCCUCGACCUAGGCGGCGGGACCGGCGUGCGCGCGCGGGAAGUCAUCGACCUCGGCGCCACCAGCGUCGACGUCGUAGACCUAUCCCCGGAUAUGCUCAGCGCAGGGCGUCGGACCGCCGAGGGUGCGGGGGCCAAAUACGCCGACAACAUCGGGUGGCACGAAGGCGACGUCUCCAAGCCGCUGUCGCACCUGCCGCUGCGCCAGACCUACGACCUCGUCAUGGCCAACUGGGUCAUGGACCACGCGGCCAGCCUCGCCGAGCUCGAGGCCAUGUGGCGCAACGUCGCCGCCUACCUCGCCCCCGGCGGCCGCUUCGUCGGCGUGCGCUCCGGCGACCCGUACGCGUCCUGCGCCGCGCAGGGGAAAUACGGCAUCAGGUAUAAGGACUGGCGGGACGUCCCGGGAGGCGUCUUCUUCCGGUACGAGGUGGCGACCGUGCCGCCCAUCGAUAUCGUGGCCUCGUCGUGGGAGGUGACCUACUCUGGGUCGACGGAGAUGAUGGAUAAGGUUGGGCUGGGCGAGGUUGAGACGGAGCCGUAUGAGAAUGCGGAGGUGGUGAAGAAGGACCUGGGGUUUUGGGAGCUAUUCUUGGAGAAUCCGUCAAUGGCGGUUGUGAAGGCGCGGAAAUUGGCGAGAGCGUGAAUGGGGUUUACGUAUUAAAGGCUUCCAUAAAUUGAGGCUCUUUCCUUCUUCUGGGGCGGAAUAUUGCAGUUCAGCUGAAUGCUACAGAUAUGCUUGUCUUUAGCCUUGAUGGAGGGAAUAGGGGGAAAGGGGAAGGGGCAACUCAGGAGACCCAAUGUUGAUGAUUGAUGUUAUUGUGACUUGUUUUUUUAUUAACUAAUAUAUACAAAGCCCAAGCCGA